UGUAAAUAAUUUAAUAAUAGCCUUUCACAGGUUUCAGAAUACAUUUUGUGAGAUAAAACAAUUAUAUCUCCAUAUUUCCUUAUUCUGGUUGAAAUAAAGAAUGUCAUUACAAGAAAGGAAAAAUAAAAAGAGUGUUCAAUCAGAUGAAGAAAAGGCUGAAAUAGAUCAAUUUCUUAAAAAUGCAUUUGACUGUUGUAUGAUGUGUAAUGGUUUUUAUGGUGGUAGUUUUGGACAACCAGUUUGUAGUACAUGUCAUCUGUUUCUUUUCUCUGGUGAUAUCAACAAUGAAGAUGGAGAAGCAGAGGUUUUUGUUGAGAAAGCUGAUUCUGAUGAUUCAGGAACAGAAGAACCAGGAGCAGAAGAUGAUUUUUAUACACAACCUGAACUAGGUGUUAAAACUGUUAGGGCUAUUGUUAGUCAUAAAGCAGAUAAGUUGGCUGAGAGAUUAACAUGUUUAACUGUAGCUAGAGAUCGGGGAAAUGUUCCAGAAGGUUUAAUUGAUUCACUUCCUCCUGAAGUAUUAUUGGUUGUAUUUAAACAUCUAGAUGAUAUAUCUCUAUGGACAGCUGGUAAUGUGUGUAGAAGAUGGAGACAGAUUCUAGAUGGUGAAACAUCUGAGGAAGAAUGGAAACAUUUUAUACAACUACGCUGGCCAUUAUUUAUGCCACAGUAUAAAGUCAAAUGUUGGAAAAUAAUCUACACCAAUUUAUUAAAUAGUUCACCAUGUCGUUAUUGUUUAGAGAGUAUGAUGUUACAGAGUACCCCGCCAAUAGAAGAGAAUUCAUGGCGACACAGACGAUUGAGAAGUGAGUUAAAAACAUUAAAAAUGGAUCCACCUGAAGGUAUACAAGCUACACCAUUAGAUAGACAUUGUUGUCAUUGGCAGGCUUCUAUAACAGGUCCACAUGGUAGUCCAUAUGAAGGAGGAAUAUUUUUACUCUAUUUACAGAUACCACAAAGCUAUCCCAUGAGACCACCAAAAGUCAGAUUUAUUACCAAGAUAUUUCAUCCGAAUAUCAGUCGUCAUGGUGACGUUGGACUAGAUUCAAUCCAUCACAACUGGAGUUUGGCACUAACAAUUUCAAAAGUUCUCAUCAGUAUACAAUCUUUGUUAACGGAUCCAUUUAUUAACGUGUGCAUGGAACCCACAAUUGGACGUGUGAAUAGUUCACAAAGAUCUGAGUUUGAUCGUAUUGCAAGGAGAUGGACAUGGAAAUAUGCUAUGCAUGACUUUAUGAUGCCAUGUUUAGUAGAUUUAAAAGGUGUAUGAAGAAAGUGUAACAAUGUGUAAAUUGGUGUUUGUAUAUAAAAACGGAGAGAAGAACAUGUAGGCCAGUGAAAUUAUAAUAUGUACAAUGGAGUGUAUUUUCAGGGCUAUUUUUUAAAAAUGUUUCCUAGUGCUGGUCAAUAUAAAUCUUGCAAUAAACUCAUAUUAAAAACUUACUGAAUGUGCGUUGCUGCUUGUUAAUGACCCUAAGCAUGAAUUGAAAUGUUGUUCACUGUAAACAAACAUGUAACCUAUUCUGGUUUCACAUGUCACAUUAUUGCUUGAUAAAGACUAGUCGAAGUGUCACCCUGUAAAAAGCAGUGAUUGUAAUCCAUGGAAUUGUGACCAGUUUUUCAUCAUGUUUGUAAAUAAUGCAUUAUUUAAAAUUGUUAGUGAUUGUAAAUACCACAGUAUCUGUUGAAUGGUGAUUAUAUUUAUUUCCAUUGAAGUUUUAUUAAGGAUGAUUAAAAGAGAAUUGUAAAUUUAUUCUGUAAAGGGCAUUAAAUAGUAAAAUGAAUCAAAUCUGAAUUAUACAAAUAAUGUUAUAUCUUAACAAAAAUGCAUGCAUGAAAUUCAUUUAAACAUGUCAGUUAAUUUAUUUCAUGG